AUGGCCACCCACGCCGAUCGCAUCAAUCCUCUCCGCGCCCAAAUCGCCCGCUUUCACGAAACCCGCACUCCCUUCCGCAUAUACCACGGCAGCACCAAUUCCACCCGCAAUGCCAGUCUCACCCCUACCAAUACUCUCAGUACCGCUCACCUUACCAAUGUCCUCUCCGUUGAUCAUGCUGCCAAAACCAUCCAGGUGGAGCCCAACGUCCCAAUGGAUGCUCUCCUGAAUGCUACGCUCGCCUAUAACCUCGUCCCACUGGUCGUCAUGGAGUUUCCCGGCAUCACCGCAGGCGGGGGUUUCUCCGGCACCUCCGGCGAGAGCAGUUCCUUCCGACACGGCUUCUUCGAUGCCACAGUGACUCGCAUUGAGAUAAUUCUUGGUAAUGGGGAGAUUCGUACGGCCUCCCGUACCGAAAAUGCGGAAUUGUUCAAUGCCGCAGCUUCCGCGUUCGGUACCAUGGGCGUGAUCACCAUGCUGGAGAUCCAAUGUCGCGACGCUAAGUCGUUUGUCGAAUUGUCCUAUAUUCCGGCUCGUAGCAUUAGCGAUGCGCGGCAGAUAUUUCAUGAGAAGACCCAGGACCCCGAUGUUGAUUAUCUGGACGGCAUAGUCUUCGCCAAGGACCAUGUAGUGGUAUGCGCGGGGCGACUGAGCGAUGGUUCUCUCUCGAAAGACGACAAGACACAGAGAUAUAAGGUUCAACACUUCACCCGUCCCCACGAUCCCUGGUUCUAUCUCCAUGCUCAACGCUCCGGGCGUGUAACGCCCCCAUCUUCAGCCCCCGUAGAACCAACGACCGAGCUCGUGCCCCUUCCUGACUACCUCUUCCGCUACGACCGUGGUGCCUUCUGGACCGGCCGCUACGCCUACAAAUACUUUAUAACACCCUUCAAUCGCAUUACCCGCUACCUCCUCGACUACUUCAUGCACACGCGCGUCAUGUACCACGCCUUGCACGCCAGCGGACACUCCAAUCAAUACAUCAUUCAAGACGUAGCCGUUCCAUACUCCUCUGCAGACACCUUCGUCACGUGGCUCGACGAGCCAGAGAACUUUGGCGCAUACCCAAUCUGGCUCUGUCCUCUCAAAGUCACUGACAAGACCAGCACAAGUAACCCCCAAAUCAUCGGCCGCGGAAAACCCUCCCAUCCCUCUUCCUCAUCAGCAGAGAAGGAGGAAGAUGAAUACCUCCUCAACUUCGGCCUCUGGGCGCCCUCCCCCUACCGCGGCGCCCAAUUCAUCGCCCAAAAUCGCCGUCUCGAGCACAAAGUCCGCGACCUGGGCGGCAAGAAAUGGCUGUACGCGUGCGCGUAUUAUACGGAGGACGAGUUCUGGGACAUAUACGAUCAGAAGCGGUAUGAUGCCCUCCGGGAGAAGUACCAUGCGGGCUACUUGAAGAAUCUGUAUGAGAAGGUGAGAGUGGAUUUGAAUCCUUCUGCUACGGAGAAGGAAAGGCAAGCUGGGAUGGGAUGGGGACAGUGGGUUGGGAAUGUGAUGUGGAAUGUGUGGCCGGUGAGUGGGUUGUAUGGGGUGUAUCGGGCGUGGUGGGGAGGUGAGUAUUUGUUGAAGAAGGGGAAGUAG